UCACCUUAUAUGCAUCGCGAAGAGCAGCGUUUGGUUGAAGACAUAAAUCCUCCAGUAACUUCCGGUCCAGGCCGGAAGUUACCAUUGGUUGUUUACAUUCUUCAGAGGGUCUAGCUAAAUAGCAAGCUAGUAACAGCCCUAAAAUGCAAAGUAACUAUUGAUAAAAUUGUUGUAUUUAUGUCCGUUUUCAGCCGUAGUUGCUGCCUGUCGUUACGGGGACCAUGGCUUUAACCCGCUGCUGUCUCUGGGUGACCCUGCCGCUCCUCCUGCUGCUGUGGCCGGGGAGGCUGCUGGUGUCCACGGAGCAGGUCGCUCUGGUGGAGGUGUUCGUGGAGCAGCGGUCCGGCGUCAGUGCUCUGCUCCAGGGGGAGGUGGUGGAGUCCAGCAGCGGAGGAAAGAAAAGCUCCGAGGCAGAGAGAGAGAACCGAGAGGAGCUGGAGGGAGAGCUGGUCCUGGUUCAGGAUGGGGGGGUCCAGGGCAGCGGGGCCACACCUGAGGACGAGCCCAAACAGCAGGAGCCCUGGAUCGGAGUGGUACCUCUGGAGAUAGACGACAGCAAAGCCUCCACUGGAAACCAAGAGUCGUUUGCAGACGCAAUGGUCAAUAAAAUGAAGCGAGCGUUGGUCCUUGGAGCUUCAGCGCUGAUCAUUCUGGCUCUAAACCAAAACACUGUCAGUGAGAUGGAUCUGUCUCAGGUUCUUUCCAAACCCAUCAUUGUGAUCCAGACCUCUGAAAAUGUCACUAAACUGAUCGGAGCCCUGCUCAGGGGUUUACAGGCCACGGCCAAAAUCACAUACAAGACCAUCUUACAGGACAACCUGGGCGCCACCCUCACACUGUGGUCCAGCUGUGGCCGGUCCAGAGGGGGGCGCUAUGGGGAGUGGCAGGGAGUCAUCUGCACUGGAGAGACCAACUCCCAGGUCCAGAAGUACCUGCAGCAGCUGUGGGACACCGUCCUGUUGGUGGCACUGAUCCUCAGUACCGGGGUUAUUGUACAGGCUCGGUGGCAGUACCAGGACCAGCAGCUCAACGAUGACCUGGAGCUUCUCCCUAAACAGGACGUUCUGAAGACCAUGUCGUCUCUAAAAACCAAAACGUACCGUCAGCCCAAACCCUGGUGUGACUCGUCCCAGCCGGUCGAGGCCGACAACUGUGCAGUUUGUCUGGAACCGUUCAACAACAACCAGUGUCUUCGUGUGCUGCCGUGUCUCCAUGAAUACCACCGGGACUGUGUGGACCCGUGGCUGCUGCUGCAACACACCUGUCCACUGUGCAAACACAACAUCCUCAGCAGCAUCUGUAAAGACAGUUAACACACCUCAUUCUGCUGCGUCUCAUCCUCAGUGACUCCCGUAGCAGAUCGUUUUUUUUUACUGACCUCUCCACUUCCUCUUUCCACCGAUGGAUUAUGGGAGCAAAUCUAACCUUGCAGCAGCAGCAGCUAAGCGGCUGUUGGACUUUAACCUCUGACCUCUGACCUUUGGGCCGGUGUGAUGGUCCUCCCAGACUCACCGUAAAUGCUCUGAGGUACCGUUGUAUGUGGAAACACAACUUCUUCCUGGGAUCAUGUUACUGUAAAUGUUGGAAGUAUUUGUUUGUGUGUUUUGGACAGUAUUGCAGUUUGUUCUGCUGUUUUUACACCAGUCUGUGCAUCAUGUGACUAAAGAGCCAAACGCUGUGGUGCCCACAGUUCACAGCGAUAGUUCGAUAAACUUGACAGCUUUAGUUUUUGCAUGGAUGUUUACUGCUUUCUGGUUUAAGCAUGGAAGAACUGAGUGGAAUGUUCAUGUUAGCUUCUAAAGAUGUGGAUAAGAUCUGCUCUCAUCCUGCCUUCAUGUGCUAGGGGAAUUAUGGGAAAUACUAGUUACAGACUUGAAAAUUGCACGUGAACGCCCCCUCAUGUUGUAUUUUCCACAGGAGAACUGGAAAAAAAUGUUGAUAAAUGAUCUGCUGAGAUGAAAAUAACCUUUGAACUGUUCAACAUGGAGAAGAGCAAUGAGGGAUACAUCGCAA